AUGGCGACUGACUUGACUGUUCGCGUGGGCGUCAGCCUCGACCGAUGCUCUUUCCCUUUUGACCCGGUCGUGAUGGCCAUUCUCUUCAGCGUCACCAAGUUGAGUGCUUCAAGUCCGAACCCCUCACCCUUCCCCACCCCCAUUCACACCCCUGUUACUCACCCUCCAGCUCUCGCGGCUCACCGCGCUCCAGCUUCAAACCCGUCAAAGCAACUGGUGCCGCAUGUAAAUUUGUCUCUCACACUCCAACCGUGCCACACACUUUCCGGUCGCUAUGCUAUCCACCUGCACCCACAAAUGCACAUAAACACACACAAUCGCAAUCGGUACAUCAUCGGCAAGCAGUCGUAG